AUGUCUAAAGCAAAAUUCCUAAAGUCGAUGAUUAUUUCAUUUUGGAAGCAGGAUCUUUACAGUGGAGAUUGGGUUCUCAGAUUUGGAGCUCAUGAAAAGGUUUUAGGGUUUUGGCCUGCAGAAAUAUUCAACGGAUUAGCAGAUUCUGCGAGCAAUGUGGAAUGGGGAGGAGAAGUUUACAGUCCUCCAGGUACUACCAUCCCGCCAAUGGGGUCUGGUUGUCGGCCUGUUGGAGACACACAAUUAGAUGGUUAUGCUAGUUCAAUCAGGACUGUAGAUGAAAAUAGUAACGUUGAUUAUAAUCCCACAGAUUGUGAAAUUUAUCUAGAUGAUAGAGUACACUAUGGAGCUAUUGAUAAAGGAGAUGUUGGGGGUACUUUGCAACGCCUUUUCGAGUUUGGCGUCCGAUCGAUUUCCGCCGAUCGACGCCGCCUCCUGCCCUUCGUCUUCUCCAGCAGUCCGGCCACCGGGGAGCUCGUGAAUAAGUCAAUAAGAGUCACGAGAACGCCGCCGCCGCCGCCUGUGCUCGACCUCCCCUGCCUCUGGCGACCGGCGAGAAGGGCAGAGGACGAGCCUGCCGCCGUGCCGUGCCGAGCCUCCCUCUUCGCCACGAAGUGCGCCCAAGCCUCCCUCUCCGCAGCGCCGAGCCUCCCCCCUCCGCCGCGCCAAGCCUGCCGCCGGUUGGACUUUGGAAAUCAGGUAAGGAGAUUGGAAAUCCAUGUUGGCCAAAACUUGCCUAGCAAAGCAAGCAGACAACUUGAGCAUUUGAAUAAACCUGCAAACAUCACUAUUCAGACAACAUAUGGAGACACAUAUGAUUGUGUGGAUUUCUAUAAGCAACCUGCAUUUGAUCAUCCUUCGUUGAAGAAUCAUAAUUAUAGUUUUCAGAUGAACUAUUCACACUUGGAUUUGGAAGUAAGAGCAACAAAUAAUUCAUCAGGUUCAUUUAGUAGCAAACUAUUGAAUAUAUGGUCAAAUGGAAAAGGAUGUCCAAUUGGAACGGUACCCAUCAAAAGAACUACGGGACAUGAUUUGGUGAAAAUGAAAUCUGUUGAUGAAGCUGCAUCAUCCAUUCUCAAUCCGGGUGUUCAUGUUGCGAUACUUAGAUCUACUGGGGAUAAAAAAUACUAUGGAGGCGGGAUGCACACCACUGUAUAUAAACCUGUUGUUCACGAUCGCCAAUAUAGCUCUAGCCGUGUGAAAUUCCAGAAUGGUCCUGAUAGCAUUGCAGCGGGAUGGGUAGUAAAUCCAAGUUUAUACCAUGAUGGAGAAGCUCGACUUUUCAUAUACACAAUUACGAAGGAUUCGAGCUGCUACAACGUCUACUGUCCUGGGUUUGUGAUUGUGAGUCAUGAUAUACCAAUCGAUACCAUCUUUCAGCCUGUUUCCCAACGAGGUGGAGCGAUAUUCUUACAAAGAUUCUUCAUACACAAGGAUGUCGUAACUGGAGACUGGGUUCUCGUGGUCGGUUUUGAGAAUAAGGUGGUCGGAUUUUGGCCGAAAACUAUAUUCACGGGACUGUAUGACUUUGCCAACUAUGCGGAAUGGGGAGGAGAAGUUUACAGUCCUUACGGUGUCGACCCGCCGCCGAUGGGAUCGGGCUGUCGUCCUGUUGGAGAUGUCAAGUUAGAUGGUUAUGCUAAGCAGAUCACGGUUAUCGAUGAAGACGGCAAGGUUGAUUACGAUCCUUCGGAUUGCGAGGCCUAUUCAGAUGAUAUGUACACUGUGAUUAAUCAGGAAAAUGUAGGGGGUGAUUUACAGUACCUGGUUGAAUUCGGCGGUAAUCAUUGUCUUGCAGAGUGUAAAGCAAAUUAA